AUGGGCAUCAUAGUGACACUGGGUGAUGCAUACUGCUUUUCUAAAGCCAACAAGCCAGAGGAGGCCAACAAAGGCUGUAUCCUGGAUGGAAAACUAUACCCCUUUGGAGAGAUUGCUAGGACAGAAAAUUGCUUCAGAUGCAGCUGCAGCCUAGAUGCAAUGCGUUGCUGCUCCCUCUUUCAUACUCCUACUAGUUAUGACAAAGAGAAAUGUAAAGUCAUUUUCAACCAGAAAAGCUGUGACUAUGAUGUGGUGCUGAAGAGUGACCCCUCAAAGGAGUGCUUUGUCUCUUCUCGUGUGGGCUAA